CGGUUAGGCACCGGUAUAAUCCGCUUCUAGCUCGCCUCGAGGCGUGGGCAUUUGGGAUCGUGGCUUCUCCGACUUGAAUCCUGCAUGGGGGGGAUCGGAAAGGAAGACCAUUCGGCGAGCCGCCGAAGGGGGCUCACACUGCAACCAAGUAUUCAGGGGUUAAUAAGGGACACUUUCCUCGCGGCCACCCCCUUUUAGGGUCUCCACUGCCCUAGAAAAAGGAAUCGUUUGCGUUCUUCCCUAAGAGGAGCUACGGCAGCUCGUAGUGAGGAGAGGAAGUGCACGCUUGUCUGUAACGUGCCGCCGGGUCCCAGAAUGAAGGAGUGAGGUCUCCCAGCUGCCCGCGCCGGAUCCCGACGCCGGAUCCCCGACCCCGGAGCCUGCUGCAGUCCGAGUUUACAGAGAGCACCCUGGGGCAAGCAGGGUAGCCGCCUGGUCCAGGAAUGUUCACCCUUGCAGAAGUUGCCUCUCUCAAUGACAUUCAGCCUACUUACCGAAUCCUGAAACCAUGGUGGGAUGUAUUUAUGGAUUAUCUGGCUGUUGUUAUGUUGAUGGUCGCCAUCUUUGCCGGAACCAUGCAGCUUACCAAAGAUCAGGUGGUCUGCCUGCCAGUGUUGCCAUCCUCGGUAAAUUCAAAAGCACACCUCGCAUCAGGAAGUGCCGACGUCACCACUGAUGUCCCGAAGUUUGAAGUCACCACGGACCAAGACCAAGGCCAGUGGGUGACCAAACCCACAUCCUUUGAUGAGGCAGCUUCCCUAACCCCUGGCCCACCUCUCAGCAGGACUAGCUCUCCUCCAACAGAUUCCCUGGUCCCCAAUCAGGAGGGGCGGAAGGAGAUCAGAAAUCCUACGGGUCGGAAAACUAACUUGGAUUACCAGCAAUACGUAUUUAUUAACCAGAUGUGUUACCAUCUUGCUCUUCCGUGGUAUUCCAAGUAUUUUCCCUACCUUGCUCUAAUACAUACUAUUAUUCUCAUGGUCAGUAGCAACUUUUGGUUCAAGUAUCCCAAAACGUGCUCAAAAGUGGAGCAUUUUGUUUCUAUAUUAGGAAAGUGCUUUGAAUCUCCUUGGACUACAAAAGCGCUAUCUGAAACGGCGUGUGAAGAUUCAGAGGAAAACAAGCAGAGGAUAACCGGGGCCCAGUCUCUACCAAAACACGUGUCCACCAGCAGCGACGAGGGGAGCCCCAGUGCAAGUACCCCCAUGAUCAACAAAACUGGCUUCAAGUUUUCAGCCGAGAAGCCCGUGAUCGAGGUCCCCAGCAUGACAAUUCUAGACAAAAAAGAUGGGGAACAGGCCAAGGCCUUGUUUGAGAAGGUGAGGAAGUUCCGUGCCCACGUGGAAGACAGUGACCUGAUUUAUAAACUCUAUGUAGUCCAGACUGUUAUCAAGACAGCCAAGUUCAUCUUCAUUCUCUGUUACACUGCUAACUUUGUCAAUGCCAUCAGCUUUGAGCAUACCUGCAAGCCCAAAGUGGAGCACCUGACCGGCUAUGAGGAGUUUGAGUGCACCCACAAUAUGGCUUAUAUGUUGAAAAAGCUGCUCAUCAGUUACAUUUCCAUCAUUUGCGUCUAUGGUUUUAUCUGUCUCUACACCCUCUUCUGGUUGUUUCGGAUACCUUUGAAGGAGUAUUCCUUUGAAAAGGUGAGGGAAGAGAGUAGCUUCAGUGAUAUCCCAGAUGUCAAGAACGACUUUGCCUUUCUUCUCCACAUGGUCGACCAGUAUGACCAACUGUACUCCAAGCGUUUUGGUGUCUUCUUGUCCGAAGUCAGUGAAAAUAAACUUAGGGAAAUCAGCUUAAACCACGAGUGGACAUUUGAAAAACUGCGGCAGCACGUGUCUCGCAACGCCCAAGACAAACAAGAAUUGCACCUCUUCAUGCUCUCGGGGGUCCCCGAUGCCGUGUUUGACCUCACGGACCUCGACGUGCUCAAGCUGGAGCUCAUCCCGGAAGCGAAGAUCCCGGCCAAGAUUUCCCAGAUGACUAACCUGCAAGAGCUUCAUCUCUGUCACUGUCCCGCCAAGGUGGAACAGACGGCUUUUAGCUUCCUCCGGGAUCACUUGAGAUGCCUUCACGUCAAAUUCACCGACGUGGCGGAGAUCCCGGCCUGGGUGUACUUGCUUAAGAACCUUAGGGAGUUGUACCUGGUGGGCAAUCUAAACUCUGAGAACAAUAAGAUGAUAGGACUGGAGUCUCUGCGGGAGCUGAGGCACCUUAAAAUCCUUCACGUGAAGAGCAAUCUGACCAAAGUCCCAUCCAACAUCACAGACGUCGCCCCACACCUCACCAAGCUGGUCAUUCACAACGACGGUACUAAGCUCGUGGUUCUCAACAGCCUUAAGAAAAUGAUGAAUGUAGCCGAGUUGGAGCUCCAGAACUGUGAGCUGGAGAGGAUUCCUCACGCCAUAUUCAGCCUCUCUAAUUUGCAGGAGCUGGAUCUGAAGUCCAAUAACAUACGCACAAUUGAGGAAAUCAUCAGUUUCCAGCAUUUGAAAAGACUGACUUGCUUGAAAUUGUGGCAUAACAAAAUCGUGAACAUUCCCCCCUCCAUCACCCAUGUCAAGAAUCUGGAGUCACUUUAUUUCUCCAACAACAAGCUCGAGUCCUUGCCGGGGGCAGUGUUUAGUUUACAGAAACUCCGAUGCUUAGACGUGAGCUACAACAACAUUUCCGUGAUCCCGUUAGAAAUAGGAUCGCUCCAGAACCUGCAGCAUUUACAUCUCACCGGGAACAAAGUGGACGUUCUGCCCAAACAGUUGUUUAAGUGCGUCAAAUUGAGGACUUUGAGUCUGGGGCAAAACUGUAUCACCUCGAUCCCAGAAAAAAUCAGUCAGUUAUCACAGCUCACUCAGUUGGAACUGAAGGGAAACUGCUUAGACCGCUUGCCAGCCCAACUCGGGCAAUGCCGACUUCUCAAGAAGAGUGGGCUGGUGGUGGAAGAUCACCUCUUUGACACUUUGCCAACGGAGGUCAAAGAAGCGUUGAACCAAGACACAAAUGCCCCUUUCGCAAAUGGGAUCUGAGUGGAGAUCACACACACACACACACACACACACACACACACACACACCACCCAUGGGUGGGAAAGACUUCCUAGAUUGCAAAUGCUUGUAAACUAUGAGUUAUUGCAAGAUGAUGCAUUAGGAGGAGAAACACCUUUAAAGGAGAGUGAGCGAGAAAGAGAGUGUGAGAGUGAGAAUGAGUAGAAGCCUGAUAGGAGAUGUAACCGAGUGUUCAGUGUUCGUAGUGUUUCAAGACAACAUUUCCAAAUCUUAUUAUUUUUUCUUCUUCUUCUCUCUCUUUUUUUUUGGUGGGAAGGGAAGGACAAAUUAUAAUCACUAAUCUCAAUUUCUUUUUAAAUUGUAACUUGGAUGCUGCCGCUGUUGAAUGUUUACAAAUUGCUUGCCUGCUAAAGUAAAUGAUUAAAUCCACAUUUUCUUACUAUAUAACCCUCUCCUUAGGUGUCUGUAUUUAUUUGGGGCUGACCAAUCAAUUAGACCAAUACUUGGAUGAAAUAAAGCUCAUGCAUGAGGGGCAAUUCUGCUACCAUUGCUUUCCUUGAAAAUAUGGGUUAUAAACUUUGAUGCUUCAGUUUAAAAGGAUCAAAUUCUAUUCCAUAUAAAAUGUAUAAAACUAUACACGUUUGACUCGAGGGAUUGCCAAAGCUUGGUUUUAUAGCUCUCACUUUUCAUGGGAUUAUAAUAUGUAGAAAAGGGACAAGGCUACUGAGCUACACCUGUGAUUUUAGUGGUACAAGAGAUUCUCAGGUGAGGAACCUCCCACCUCACCACCCCCAGCCUACUCCACCCCCACCCUCCCCACAACUCAGGGCAGAGUACCACUUUCUUCUCUCUCUCCUCCUCUCCUCCCCUCCUUUCUUUCCUUCCUUCCUUCGCAAUGAGGGUUAAGUGACUUGCCCAGGGUAGCACAACUAGUAAGUCUCAAGUAUCUGAGGCUGAAUUUGAACUCAGGUUCUUCUACAUCCAGGGCUGGUGCUUUAUCAGGCCAUCACUUUCUAUAGUGUAAAAGACUUGCCUCGAAAAGUAGGUGGUUAAGUGACUAGCCCAAGAUCAUACAGUCAGUAUAUGUAAGGGGCAGGACUUGAAUCCAGCUCUCUAAGCACUCUCAUGCUGCUCUGGUUUAAGGGAUGUGGCUUUUUAGAAAGAAGCAAUUAGGGGCAGCUAGAUGGUGCAGUGGAUAGAGCAUCAGCCCUGGAGUCAGGAAGACUUGAGUUAAAAUUUGGCCUCAGAUACUUUAUACUU